AUGUCAGCCUAUCCUUCAACGAUCUCUAAUAAAGACCGGAAUGUUGACUACCAUACAACCCUAUUUCGCCGUCUCACAUGGGAGGGUUCCGUUCCCCUUGAAAUCCGUGUCGAUCCAAAAGAGCUCCCUGCAAAUUCAGAUCGCGGCCUCGAAUGCUACUACAUCCAAGCCCCUCGCAUCAGCUAUCUGCCUCUUCUAGUUCCAGAAAUCCGUCGAUUUCUAAUGGACGUCGUCUUUGACGAAGUUGCCGCCAAGGUUCUCAAAGAGGAGGACUGGUGGUUUGAGAGUGAAGAAGGGACCCUUCUCAAAUGGCACUGGCCCAUAGGUCUUAUCUAUGACAACCAUACUAUAUCGACAUCCGUCCGUGUGCCUUCGGCACCCUCGACCUCUACGUCCACCCCAAUGCGACUGAUACUGCACUUGGCUUCUCCACCAACCGAAAAGCUACUCCUCGCACCAAACGUUGAAGCUUGCAAGCAGGCUUUUAUGGGACAGUUGAAAGAAGCUGACUUUAUCCGCUGGGGCAGUACGAAACGGAUGACUGGGCUGAGAAAAGUUGAUCAGGACGCUAUAUGGGAGGGCAUCAAAGAGCAUAACUUUGACGAAUACUGGCGAGUUGCAAGCAAGGUCACGCCCACUGUGACACCAGCGCCUCCUCAGUCUCCUGCCCCGUCUGCGACGAUGAAUCCUUCCGCUGAUCAAGCUGCUCCGUUUGACAGAGAGAGCGCCUACAGCGUCCGAAGUGUUCCUGUCAGAAUAUACCUCCCAAAUGGUCCCGUCAUCCAAGAGCUUGCUCCAGCCCUUCUCGAGGAUGGUACACCCCACACCCUCUCACACUUCUUAUCCAGCUACGUAACUCUUCUAUUCCCCCUUCAACCGCCGGCCCCCCCUCCAUCAAGAGUGAAUCCGAACCCACAAGCGCCAGCCGUUCGUCAGCCUGCAUACGCUCUUAUACAAGGCGUGUUGUCUCCUCCGGAUGCGGAGCUCGCUUGGCUUGGGGCGUGUUUGGCUGGAGCGGAUGGGUGGCUUAAUAUCUGCAUUGGGAUUUUCCGAAAUUAGAUCUCAGCUUUAUAUACCCAAUGGCCUUCUAAUAUAUGCUCACAAGACAUGAAUGUUGUUGACAGUGACAGCUUAUAGGCAAUGCUCAGUAUAGCUCAUGGGG